AUGCGAUAUCCACUGACCAUAAAUAGCUUUUACUUUAUUGCUUCUUGUUUUGCACCAAGUCUAAUCAAGGAUGUGGGGGACAUUGAAGAUUUGUUGGUCUUUGCAGCUUUACUGCUCGGUGGUUUUGCUCUUAAUCUUAAGCUCCUAGUUCAUGCCCAGGAUCAAUCAGGGUUCAUUAGCAUAGAUUGUGGACUCCCGGCAGAAAAUUCAAGCUAUAUUGAAAUGACAACCGGCAUUAACUAUACAUCAGAUGCCAACUUCAUUGACACUGGUGAAAUUAAGAUGGUAUUUCCUGAAUACAGAGAUAAGAAGCAGCAGCCAUACGAGUCUCUUAGGAUGUUUCCCGAAGGGAUAAGGAACUGCUACAAAAUAAAUGUUAUAAGUCGCAGCAAGUAUUUGAUCCGAGCAUGUUUCUAUUACGGGAACUAUGAUGGUCAAGAUAAAUCACCAGAAUUUGAACUUCAUUUUGGUGCUAAUUUGUGGGAUUCAGUGACUUUUGAUGAUGCAUCCACAGACAUAAACAAGGAGCUUAUACAUUUUGUACCUGAUGGAGUCUCAAAUGUACAUGUUUGUCUUGUGAACACAGGCUUUGGGGUUCCAUUUAUAUCAGGGAUAGAGCUGAGGCCUUUAUCUAAUGAAUCGUAUGAAGCACAAGUGGGAUCCUUGGCACUUGAAUGGCUGUAUGACACAGGUCUAAUGGUUAAUACGAGGGGAUACAGGUAUCCAGAGGAUGUUCAUGAUCGCUUCUGGUAUAUCUACGAAAGCCUCGACAAUUGGGAACAAUUAAAUACUUCAUCCACCAUUGACCCUGACAAUCAGAACAGCUUUGAAUUACCAUCUGUUGUUAUGAGUACUGCCAUCAAGCCAAAAAAUGUAAAUGAGUCCUUGAAUUUUUGUUGGCAGCCUACUGAUCAAAGUGCAGAAUAUUAUAUUUUCAUGCAUUUCACAGAAGUUGAAAAGCUCCAACCAAACCAGACUAGAUUUCAAUACAUAACCAAAAAUGGAAAAUCUAAAAUGACCUAUUUGCUGGAGUACAUGUACCCAGCUACUAGUUACAGUAGUAAAGCAAUGAGCGGAGGACAAGACAUUUCAAUCUUCAAGGCUGAGAAUUCCACCCUUCCACCCAUCCUCAAUGCUUUUGAGAUUUAUAAGGUGAAAAAAUUCGUAGAAUUAGAUACAAGUCAAGGAGAUGUUGCUGCAAUCACACAACUCAAGUCAUCUUAUAAAAUCAGAAGAAACUGGCAAGGAGAUCCUUGUGCCCCUCAAGUUUACUCAUGGCAAGGUCUAAACUGUAGCUAUCUGAAAAGUGAUCAGGCCCUAAGAAUCAUAUCCUUAAACUUGUCCUCAAGUGGACUAACAGGGGAGAUUGAUCUUUCUAUGUCCAAUCUCACAAUGCUACAGACUUUGGAUUUAUCGAACAACAACUUAACCGGACCUAUUCCAGAAUUUUUGUUUCAAUUGUCAAAUUUAAAAGUCCUAAACUUGGAGAACAACAAUCUGAAUGGCUUGGUUCCAGUUGGACUGAUUGAAAGAAUGAAAGAUGUAUUUCAUGGCUAUAUAGACAAAACUCAAGUAGCCAUUAAGAUGCUUUCGUCAUCAUCAGUUCAAGAAUUUCAUGCAGAGGUUAAUCUUCUGAUGAGAGUUCAUCAUACAAACUUGACCAACCUUGUUGGAUAUUGCAAUGAGGAAAUAAAUAUAGGGCUCGUGUACGAGUAUAUGGCCAAUGGAAACUUACAAGAACAUCUGUCAGAUGACAGUUCCACUACUUUGGGUUGGGAAGAUAGACUUCGAAUAGCAGUAGACGCUGCACAAGGAUUGGAGUAUCUGCAUUAUGGUUGUAAGCCACCUAUAAUUCACAAGGAUGUGAAAUCAGCAAACAUCUUGCUGACUGAAAACUUCCAAGCCAAAGUAUCUGAUUUUGGCCUAUCCAGAAAUUUCCCUACAGACCUUGUGACUCAUAUAACAACUGGCGUUGCUGGUACUCCCGGGUACCUUGACCCUGAGUACUACCUAACAAGCAGGUUAAAUGAGAAAAGUGAUGUUUAUAGCUUUGGAAUUGUGCUGUUGGAAAUUAUCACAAGCCGACCUGUUAUAUCAGGAGCUAUUGAGAGAAUUCACAUUAGUCAAUGGGUUGCUUCCAUGCUUGCGCAAGGAGACAUUUACAGUAUUGUUGAUCCAAGAUUCUCUCUAAAUGCUAACUAUGUGUGGAAAGUUUUGGAGAUAGCAAUGGUAUGUAUAUCUCCAGACCCCGUCAAAAGGCCAAUGAUGAGUCAGGUAGUGAUGGAACUGAAGGAGUGUUUGGCAACAGAACUGGCUCGAACAAAGCAGAGAGGAAAUGAAACUGGUUUAGGAUAUUCCACUGUGAUGAUACGUCUCAGAAUGAGUCGAUCAGAGUACAUCCCUCAGUUAUUGCAACUUAAUUUAUCUAAAACGCAGUCGCAUGUCUCAUAUUUAUCGGGAAGGUUCUGCUGA